CCACAUGUUUCCAUAACGGCAUAACCCCACAAGCCACAACCACUGUUUGUUACAUUUUCCAAACGCCUCCAAAACUUUUAAAAAUCACAAACAAUGGCGUCCCUUACAGCGGCAAACAGAAUAUGUGAGACUGCAGUGAUAUCUCCAAUAAUUCCAGUUUCAACUAAGUUGCAUCAAUUCCCACGAUUCAUAUCAGUCUUUAGAAGGAGGGUGUCUUACAGAAGAGCCAUAAGAGCUUGUGCUUCGAGUCCCAGAGAGCCCGCUGCUUCAUCACCAGGACUCUACUCCGCCCACAAAUUCGAUCUCACACCCCAAAACGUUGACUUGGUUCUCGAAGAUGUUCGCCCUUAUUUGAUCGCUGAUGGUGGAAACGUCGACGUUGUAUCAGUUGAUGACGGUGUCGUUUCUCUCAAACUCCAAGGAGCAUGUGGAAGCUGUCCUAGCUCAACCACAACCAUGACGAUGGGGAUUGAAAGAGUACUGAAGGAGAAAUUUGGAGAUGCUGUCAAGGAUAUUCGCCAAGUGUAUGAUGAAGAAGCAAGAGAGACAACUGUUGAGGCAGUAAAUGGCCAUCUUGAUAUAUUGCGACCAGCCAUCAAGAACUAUGGUGGGAGUGUGGAAGUGUUAUCUGUUGAGGGUGGACAUUGCAUCGUAAAGUAUGUGGGUCCUGAGUCCAUUGGAUCAGGAAUUAGAGCAGCAAUCAAGGAGAAGUUCCCAGAUAUUGAGGACGUUGUCUUAACUUGCUAGGUUGCUGUCAGUAUCACAAGCUUAAAGAACCUGCUCUACUUGGUCAUGUAUGGUUAUAAUCAGUUAAGGUUUGACCAUUUGACGCCUCAUAUAUAUGAUACAUGUAUUAUGUUUAUUGUGACACUGCUCUGUCCCUAAAAAAAUUUUGGCGAAUGAUUAAUGCAAUAUUUCUUCAA